AUGUUCCGCGUAGUGCUCAUCGGAUGGCUGACCCUCCAACAAUUUCCUCUCGGUACGUCGUCUGCAGAGGUAGUGCUGUUGUCGUCAGCGGUCCCCGGUGCUCCCUCAACACCACACCAUGCUACUGUCGUCAAGGCUUCAGUUAACGCUCCUGACGAACUCAAAGCUACCGUUCCCGCUCAAUACGAGUUGGUACCUGCGAUGGGUACCGUCAUUAAUGUUACCUUUGCCAAUGGUACCUUUUAUGGCCAGUACGACAUCCCCGAAGGCGCUGACCUUAACGCUUCGCUAGCUGCCAUAGCCAACGAAGCAGAUGGCUUACAAGCUGAUAUAGUCCUGCUAGCACAAGAUUCGCCUCUUGAAACCACUUUGAAGGAAACGUCUCCGCCAACUACGGCACCCCCGGCAACAAAGACACACCCAUCUACAGUAGAACGAAAAGAUUCAGCCACGACAAGUUUCGAGAAAAUGACAACGCUAUCUUCGGCCCCCGAGGUUGGAGGUUCAAACAUGGCAGUGAUUUCGGUUGAACUUGGCAAGCUAAGCAUCCAUCCCAAACCGGCUAUCAUUGAAAACGGUCGCGCAGUGGAGCUAUUCUGCAGCGUUGGGUACAGUGUCUCCGCCAGCAUUGUGUGGACUUUGAAUGACCAGCCCAUCGAGGAUGUGGUUCUCAGAUCCGUCAUUUCGGGCAGGAAAGAUUUCUUAUUGAAAUCCAACAGAAUUCGGGUAGAGAGAUUAGAAACCCUGCCGGCCGUCGAGGGAAAAUACGUGUUCGAGUGCGUCGCGAGCGUGGAUGGCGUCUUGCUGAAGGAAAAGGUCAAGCUCGACUCUCCCUACGCAAACUCUUGUAGCCAGGACUCGGACUGUCGAUCGAGGAACGCUGUGUGCAGCCCAGCUUCGAAGUGCGUUUGCGACGAUGCCCACCCAGUGAAACUCAAUUCUUCCCACGUGACGUGUAGAACUGCGGCCCAUCUCGGCUGGCCGUGCAACUACCACGAACAGUGCCUUCACGCGGCAAACCGGUCCCAGUGUGGCAGCCACGGAGAAUGCAGUUGCGUCGAAAUGUACAGACUCGACAAGUCAGCUCUGGGCGUCGCUGCGUGUGUACCGCAGAAAACGGUGAACGCUCCUUGUAUUUCGCACGAAGACUGCCAAGAAAUCGGUGCUUUUUGUGGGACUACUUUCACGUGCCAGUGCAAGUCCGGAACACUCGAAACUGACGGGCGUUGCGUUAACAGCCUUCCGCUUGGUACGGGAAGCGGGCACUCCGAGUCACCGAGCGUACCAGGGGACAACGCAACCAAUGACGAUGUUGCGAGCAUUUCUCCGACUCCAGUCAAUUUCACAAUCGGCGUGAAAAAAGCCAUUCCAGUGCGUAUUCUAAAGGUUCGCGAGUUUCCUAGAAACGACGCCGUAGGCCACGAACGGCCACCAUCUCGCCUUCCACGCACGAGUGCCAGUGCUAGGCUUGGUAUUCAAAUCAAGGUUGAUGUACCAGGACACGAAAACGAGACUGUCCUUGGUAGCCAACGCAUGCUGACGGCAAAAGGCUGCGGAAUGUGCGGACUUCCACAACUUGUUUCUGUUCUGAGUGCUUUUAUUUUGCUUGGCUGCCCUUUAGAACAUUAUGACCUGCACUGGCGAAGUUAA